AUGUAUCAAAAAGUGGACGGUAAAGAGAAAUUGAAGUACUAUCAUUUCAUGUCCCUCUACCUCUGGGUGAAAAAACAAGGCCGUUACCCAAAAAGCCUUCCAGAAUUUCAUAACUACGUGGACCCCGCCGAUCUGGACCAGUGUAUUGGCGUGCUACAGUGCAAAGUCCUUCCUCCGCGAGAUCUAAACCAUCCCGUGCUUUCAUACAAGGAGAGGGGCAAAUUGAUCUUUCCAUUGUGCGCAGCCCCUGCGAUCAAGAUCAAUUGGUCCAAACCGUGGUGGGAAAUUUGUACUUGUGUAAUCAGAUGAACCCUGUUAGGCACUUGGUGAACCCCGGAAAUCUAGGAGGCUGUGUACAAGGGCCACAAGAUUCUUCACGUCGAAGACACUGGUACUUCCUCCAUUCACCAGUAGCUCUCUUCGAAGAUUACAGUGACAGAUGGUUGAAAAUAACGGAAGAAGCCAGCUUGAGAGGAACUAAAGUGGAAAAGGCCUGCUAUCUUCACGAUACUUCGGCUCCCCAUAACAAGCAUGAAGUACAAUCCAGGUCGCAGAGCCAGUGGCCAAGAUCAUGCCCAACUCCAUGUGGGGCAAGUUUGACCUGCAAUUAA